UCGAGUCUACAAAUCCUCCCGCUUGCCAAAAAUAACUCCCACCAUGUCUUCACAAAACCACACCAAAACCCUCCUUUUCUCUCUUUUCCCUUUCACCAAAACUCUAACUCUCGCCCAACAAAUCCAUGCCCGUAUUGUUCUCCAUGGGUUCAAUGAAUCCGUCGUUUUGGGAUCCAGGCUCACCGACGCCUAUAUCCAUUUGGGUUCUCUGCUUUUUUCCCAGAAAACCUUUGAUCGCAUCACUUCCAAGAAUCUCCAUUCAUGGAACACCAUUAUCUCUGGGUAUUCCAACAAGAAGCUUUUUCUCGAUGUUUUACGCCUUUUUAAUCGAAUGCGAAGGGAGAUUGUUGGGGUUGACAGCUUCAAUUUAGUUUUUGCAAUCAAAGCAUGCAUUGGACUCUCGUUCCUGAAAGAUGGGGAAUUGAUUCACUGUUUGGCUGUUAAGUUUGGGUUGGCAGGAGACCCGUAUGUUGCACCGGCUCUUUGUAAGAUGUACGGUCAAUUGGGUUCUCUUAGAGAUGCUAGGAAGGUGUUCGAGGGUUUUCCUGGGAGGAAUUCUGUUUUUUGGGGUACUAUGAUGGAAGGGUACUUGAAGUUCUCUGAGGAAUUGGAAGUCUUUGAACUAUUCCGUAGAAUGAAGAGAUCGGAUUUUGAAUUUGAUACUUUUACGGUGGAAGGGUUGGUUCGAGCUUGCGGAAACGUUUUGGCUGAUAAAGAAGGCAAGAUGUUUCAUGGUUUGUGUAUUAAAAGGAACUUCAUUGGUUCCAGUCUUUUCUUGCAAACGUCCCUUAUAUAUAUGUAUUUGAAAUGUGGUUUGCUUGAUUUGGGGCUGAAAUUGUUUGAAGAGGCCAAUGAAAGGGAUGUGGUUUCGUGGAGUGCGAUGAUUUCUGGAUUGGCCAAAAAUGGGAAGGGCUCGGAGGCUAUUGCCUUGUUUAGACAGAUGUUGCAACAGCCAUUAUUAACUCCAAACUCAGCUACCUUGGCUAGCAUUCUGCUUGCUUGCUCCUUUGGGGGGUCUUUGAAACAAGGAAAGAGUGUUCAUGGUUACAUGAUGAGAAAAGGGGUUGACUUGGAUGAUCUAAAUUACACUGCUUUCAUAGACAUGUAUGCCAAAUGUGGUUCUAUUGCAAUGGCACAAAAAGUUUUUGUUCAGAUGCCAGUGAAGAAUGUUGUUUCUUGGAGUGCAAUGAUUAAUGCUUUUGGAAUUCAUGGUUUAUGCUCAGAAGCUUUGGCUUGUUUCGAUCAAAUGAGAUCAGAAAACCAAGUACCUAAUUCCAUAACAUUCGUUUCGAUUCUGUCAGCUUGUAGUCAUUCAGGAAAGGUUGCAGAAGGAUGGAAAUAUUUUAAAGCAAUGACUCAAGAUUACGGGAUUGCUCCAACUGAGGAACAUUAUGCAUGUAUGGUAGAUUUAUUAGGAAGGGCAGGGAAAAUUGAUGAAGCUUUAUCCUUCAUCCACAGCAUGCCUAUGGGAGCAGGUGCUAGUGUUUGGGGGGCUUUGUUGGAUGCAUGUAGAUUGCACAGAAGGGUUGAAGUAGCUGAAAAUGUAGCUAAGAAGCUCCUUCGUUUGGAUGCCAAUAAGGCUUCUGUUUAUGUUUUGCUUUCCAACAUCUAUGCUGAUGCUGGCAGGUGGGAAUCGGUGAAGAAAAUAAGAAAUAAAUUGGCAAUAAGAGACUGUGUAAGUGUGUCGGAUUUACCGCAAUUGAAUCGGGGAAGAAGUUGCUCGUACGUUAGUGCCUAGUAUUGAUUAACUUACAUAAACACAAACGUAAUGAUUAUGAGAUCAAACAAGAAGUUGUUUAUGGCCAUAGUGGGAAAUGAGAAAUCAUUUCUGAGCUGAUGAACAAUAGAGAUGGAAUGCCCAGCAGCAUGAUUAAAAACUUAAGAAUAUGUGGCGAUUGUCACACAGCAUGCAGUUGCAGGGAAGAUGACUUCAUGGAAGGAUUAAGAUAUUUCAUCAUGUUCAAAAUGGUCUUUGUCCAUUUAAGGACUACAGAUAAGAACUGCUGCUAAACCGACCAUGGAGGUAUUUGUUUAUGAAUAAUUGAUGCAAUAAAACAGUGUCCACUGUCAGAAAAAAGAAUUCUUCAGAGCUUCGUUAAAGCAUUGUGCGGCCUGCUCGGAGUUGCCCACCAUUGAAUGGUAAGAGAAAAUGCUAGGCCAACCACUCAAAAGAAAAGAAAAAAGGGUGCUGAGCUUGUUUUCAGUUGACUUAGAAUUUGAUAUGGCAAAUGAGAGACACUAAAAUCAGUUCCUUAUACUAGUUUACAAUAUGUUGUCAUUGAAUCAGUAUGAGUUAUUUGAUAUGCUAUGUCAUUUGUCCAACUAAGUUGCUCAGCAAAAGGUUUAAUUCAAUUGUUUGGAAUUAAGUAUA